CCUGCGUCGUGUCUGCCUCGCAGGCCAGGGCCUAGGGCUCUUGAUGGUUCCCCGAAGCCGCCGGUGGGGAGGCUUCCCAGUCGGGCUGGCGUCAUGCAGGCGCUCGCGUCCUCCAUCUGGUACCGGCGGAUGUCCUUAGUCUAUCUUAUCGGGGCUUGGACCACGGUGGGCUCCAUUUGCCUCUCAAGAUGGAAGAGAAGGCAGCCGUUAGCCAAAGAAGAGGCACUUAAAGAUGAAGACUUAGCCAAAGAAGAGUCACUUGAAGACAAAGCGUUCUCUGUUGAGAAGCCUGAAGCCAGAAGAGGAUUUUAUGUGGAAACAAUUGUGACAUAUAAAGAAAAUUUUGUACCAUAUACUACUAGGCUCUACAACUACUGGAAAUCAUGGAGUAAUGGCCCUAGUCCAUCAGAAUAACUAAUUUCUAAUGCUCAAAUCAGUAUUUUGGCAUGAUGUAUAAAUUUGAUGGAAGAAUUGACUUAAAACCUUGAGUUUGUUUAAAAAUAUGCAAACAUGUAUAAUGUAGAUGUCUAACUUUACUGUAAUGAUGUACAAUAAAUACUUUCUUUGAGACAA